ACGGAGAAACAUACAGACAGAGCAGCUCAUGCAGCAGCCCUGAGCCCUGCCUUUACUAUUUGGGAGACAGAACAGCCUAUUUCGGCUCCUACUUCUUGUGCACAGAGGAGCGGGUCCUAAGGAAAGGAGAGAGGAGGCUGGAGGGUAAAAAGUAAAAAUAAAAAAGAGGAAGGUAGAGGGCAGAGAAAGAUAGCAAAAGUAGAAAAAAGAAAGGAGAGAAAUUGGGACAGUGCUUGUCUACUGGCUUGUCCAAACAGAACAGGCUAUUUCCGAACUUUUCCCAGCAACACAUGGAUGGAAAUCUCACAGGCUGAUGUCCUGUGGCGAGAUGUCAACUAAUGAUACAACCUUCUCAGGUAUGAGGGCUGGAAAGGCCAACGCCCUUUCAUGAUCCUGUGAUGUGGAAUACUUUGGGACCGGACUAUGUGACAUGGAUGCUAGUAGCAAAAAAUGUAUCACUUGAUAGAUGACUGUCUCAACAUUAUAGUCACAGUAGUGCGACAGGGGAGCAGUGUUGCACCAACAACUAUCCACAUAGCCCAUGUCUAUGGUUAGGCCAAUAUGAAAGAGCUUAGACACACCGAAAUGGUUUGGAAAAUCUGUGCAAUUAGGAAUCUGUCAAAGGUUAUCUGUUGGACGUAAAGGAAAGUAGAGAGGGACAAAGGCACACAAGAUUACAGAAUGUUUAUGAACUUUAGAAGGAUCCGGAAAUGUCAAUGUGUGCAGCUGGUGACGACAUGCUUAGUUUUGUCUGUGGUCAUGGUGUGCUGGGAGCAACUGGACCACCAUGUAGUCAGCCACAUGAAGUCCUACUCCUACCGCUACCUUGUCAACAGCUAUGACUUCAUCAACACAAGCUUUGGAAUUAGCCGUCUGGAGGCUGAGAGCAUAAACAACUUCCCAUACCUCCUCAACCACCCCAACAAGUGCAACAGCAAAAAACUGCUUCUGCUGCUGUUCAUCAAAUCUUCCCCUGAGAACCUGGAUAGGAGGCAGGCCAUCCGGGCCACCUGGGGGAAUGAGACUUACACUGAGAGGGAGCUUGGGGCCACUGUUAGGGUGGUGUUUGCCCUUGGGGUUCACCCUAGUGCUGAGCGUAGGGACCAUUUGCAGAAGGAGCUACUGAGGGAGGACCACAUCUACAGCGACCUAGUCCAGCAGGACUUUUUGGAUACCUUCCACAACCUAACCAUGAAACUGCUGCUGCAAUUCCGCUGGAGCCACGCCUACUGCAGCCAAGCACGCUUCCUCAUGUCGGCCGACGACGACAUCUUUGUCCACAUGCCUAACCUGGUAAGCUACCUUCAGGGACAGGCCCGGCAAGGGGUCCGGGACCUCUGGGUGGGCCACGUGCACCGGGGUUCCCCCCCUGUCCGCCGGAACACCAGCAAGUACCACGUGCCUUAUGAGCUGUACCAAUGGCCCUCCUACCCGGACUACACAGCGGGGGCGGGGUACGUUGUCUCGCGGGACGUGGCUGACAAGAUCUACCAGGCCACUCUUUGCCUCAAGGCCUCGUUGUAUAUCGAUGACGUGUUCAUGGGUAUCUGUGCCAACUCCAUGGGUGUGUACCCCCAGGAACAUGUUUACUUCUCAGGGGAAGGGAAGGCUCCUUAUCACCCAUGCAUCUACAAUGAGAUGAUGACUUCUCACGGACACGAGACAGAUGUCCGGAACAUGUGGAAGGCAGUGACGGAUCCGCAGAUACAGAACAUUUCCUCUGGCCUGGUGGGAAAGCUGUAUUGCACAGCAGUGAAAGUAAUGCUCCUUUGUAGACCUUACCAUUUCAAUACCUACUCAUGCAAGGCAGCCUUUUCUUAGUUUACAGUAAAGUGCCACAGGAUAUCUUUGCAGUCUUUUUAUUUGUAUAUAUUUCAAGGACCUGGCCGGCGUCAUGUUCAAAACACGACCAAUGUCAUGUUCUCAAUCUUAUAUUUUCACAAUUCCUGUCUUGGCUUGAUGGGAUACUGCAGUUGCACUUUGUGGUUUAGCUAAUUGUGUGAUGGUAAACAGACUGUACCAGUGCUCCAGUACUUGGCUGCAGUAAGGAACUUUUUGGCUGCCUGAAAGAAGUCAUAAGGGAGAAAUCCUUUGAAUAAAUUACCUCACAGUUUAACUGGGAAAUUCAGUCUAGGGUUGCCAGCAGACAUAACUGUU